AAUGAUAACAAAGCCACAAUCUUCACCAUCACCACUAUCAUCCUCAUCCUCAUCAUCAUCAUCUGGAAUACCGGUAACGGCAAAAUCAAAUAUGGCCGAUAUUCGUAAUAAUAAUUUAAAUCAGAAAAAGACAAUAAUUGCAACAAAACCACCAUUGGUUAAACGUAAUCAACAACAACAACGUUGUACAUCAAUAUCACCAUCGUCAACAGCAACUAAAAAUUCAUCUACAAUAACAUCAUCAGCAAGAAUUAUUCGAAAUUCAUUGAAUACAACAACGAAAUCGAACAUACAUAAAUCCACACAACCACAACAUCAACGUUCAACAUCGACAGUUACAACAAUAACAAAGACCAGAUCAACAAUACGUACGGCAAUUACAUCGGAUAAAAAUAUUGAAGAAAAAAAUAUUUCGACAAUAAAAAAAUCGAAAUUCGAUACACAAAGAUCGUUGCAAUCAAAAUCAAAACAAAUCAAAAUGAUCAAUGAAUCGAAUGAUACUAUAAUCAAAUAUUUUUUCGAUAAUGAACAACAACAACAUCUAGAUCGAAAACAUCGAUUGAUAAUGGAUCUAUGUAAAUGGUGUCGAAAUAUUAAAUUGUAUACAGAUAAUAAUGAUGGAAAUUUCGAAAAUUUUAUACAUACUAUGGAUAUAUUAUUACAAUUACAGAUAUCCAAAUUACGAUGCAAAAAUGGCCGAUCAACUUCAUCACCAUCAUAUAUCGAUAUUUUAGUUGAUGAAUUCACUCAAAUGCCAUCCAUCAACAACAACAACAGCACCAAGUGCCAAAUAUUUUGA